GUUUAAUGAGGAUUAUAAUUAGUUUCUUAUUUACGAUUUCCAACAAUUUAAUAUCCCAGUUUUUAAAUAUUUUUGUUUAAUAUACACAUAUGUAUGUAUGUAUUUUAAAGAUUUCUUUUUGAUUUAUAUAAUCUAUAAAAUAAAAAAUUUUAUAAAUUUAACAAAAAUAUAUAAAUGUUUCAAUUUAAUAUGAACUAUUAAUGAGUCAUGUUUAAUGUUUUUGACAUACUAUUUAGUUAUAUAAUUGAAACGUAUACAAGAUUAUGUCUACUUAAAUUUCUAUACAUACAUUUAUGAUAUGUAUUAUGCUUGAUGAAUCUUUACUCAUGGUACCUCUAUACCCUAUAUAAGAACAUUAUAAAUGUAGUACUUUUUUUAUUUUAUUUUUAAAUCUCUGUCAAUACCAGAUCACAGUAACCGUAAAUUUUUAUAGGUGAAAGACAAAUUAUCAAUACCAUAUACAUAUAUUUUGCAUUAUGAUAUAUAUGUACAUAUAUAUUUUACCAUACGUUUGUGCAUAACAAUUGUAGUCGAAAAAGAAGAAGGAAAGGAAGAAAUUUUUCUCAUUUUAUCUUAAGGUAACCUGGUAAAUGACUCUAAAAGAGAUCUAUGUAUUUGAAAAUGGAUUUUAUUUUAUUUAUUCGAAACAAAUAAAAAAGAAUAAAUAAAUAAAAUUGUAUGUAAAAUUUAUUAUACCUUAUUUGGAUAUUUGAAAUGAAAUUCUAAUAAAUAAAAUACGUACAUAUGUAUAUCAAAUACGACCUAGUGAAAAAGCGAAAAUUUAUGUGUGUAGAUUAUGUAUGUACAUGGAUAAAUUCGUUUGCAGUACAUUAAAUCCAAUAAUUUCAGCGAAUUAUGUCAAUAACAGAAAAAAUAAAUGUAAUUACAUAAUAUUUAAACUAUACGCCCAUAUCAUCAUUAUCUACGUAUACUUAUUUUUUAUUUGAAACAUAAAAAUAUAUUUUACUAUAUAAAGGCAUCACUUGAUCCUUAUUGUUAACAUUUAUCAUUGAAUUUCACUAAAGAAAACAUCUAUUUUAAAAAAUAAAAAUAAAAUUUUAAGUGAAAAAAUUAAUAAAUAAAUUUAAAAAAAAAAUAAUACAAAAAUGAAUAAAUUUUCAACACUAUUCAUAUUAUCAAUUAUUUGCGUUCUAGUAGUUGCCCUUCCUCGCCCAGAUGAAGAACGAUAUUUGGAUAAAGAGUAUGCUAGAGAAUUGAUAGCAUGGUUAGCUGCUAUUGAUCCAUCUGCAUCAAAUAAUCCAUGUAAAUAUUUAACAUCAAAUGGUGGUAAUAUGAAUUAUUUAACACCACAAAUGCCAAAAAGAAAUUCUGAAUUAAUAAAUUCAUUAUUAAGUAUACCAAAAAAUAUGAAUGAAGCUGGUAAAUAAAAUUAUUUUCAAAAAAUAUCAUAUUUUAAUUAUUAAGUAAUCAUAAUACAUAUUAUUUAUAAUUUAAAUGAAAAUUUCAUAAUAUUCAAAAUAAAAUAAAAUUUUUAUUUUAUAAAAGAAAACAAAUUUAAAAAUAAUAUACAUAUAUUUAUAAAACGAAUUUUAUC